AUGGAAGAAGGAACUUCUACCACGGUGCCUCUAGAGCCUCCACCACUUCCUUAUUCACUGCAUACGAGAAAGAAAUCCAUCGCCAUCUUUUGGACGAUUUUUGUGCUCGAUACAUUGGCCCAACCUCUGGUGCUGUACUGGGCCCUCUGGUUCGCCACGGAUCUGUCGCACAAUGUGGUCUUCUCCAUCGUCACUGCGUCCCUUGGAGGUGUCUCCGUCUUCGAAUACUUUUACCGUCUCUAUCACUUGAUUCGAAAAGAUUCAAAGUCUCGACCAUUGAACGCAAGGAAAUCAUGGCUGGAUUUCUUCCAUAUCAAUUUCACAAUCGUCUGGUUGAUUCUGGCAGUUGAGCUCAUUGUUGGUACGGUGCCUCAUGAACCAUAUGUACGCCUCGUCGCCAUGGUCCUUCCCACCGUAAUGUUCUACUUCGGUGGCGUCUACCUUACCCUCGAUAUGCUCCGCGUCUGUGGAUUCAAAGCCCCCUUCCGGAUAUCCUCCACACCAAAGGGCUCCGUGAUGCCCACAGCCCUCUACGUCCUCAUCGAAGACGUCGUCGCCGUUGACGGAGGCGGCGGCCAGAUCUACCGCUACGCACUGCGCACCCGAUACCUUUCGAGCCCAUACUUCCGGCGCAUGCUCUUCGAAAUGAACAUGUUCUGGGCAGGAGGCUCAAUCGUCUGUGCAGCUGCCAUUACCGCCAUAAUCUUCACGACCUCGGAACCCGUCGCCUACACUCUGGGCUGGUCCCUCCCCUUCGCUUGGGCCGGCGUCUGGACCCUCAUCACCAUCCCGUGGGUGCAAAGCGACCUUCGCCGCGAAAAGAAAGCCUGGAGGGAGAAUCGCGGGCAAGGAGACGUGCCCACGUACACCGAUGUCGUCGGUGCCCCGUCGGCCCCGACCCGUCUCGAAUCAGUCCAGGGCCACCUCCCGAGUUUCUUGCCCUGGGUGCGGGAAAAGCAGUCGUCGCCGACUACUCCGUCUGACGGGCACUCGAACGUGUGA